AUGGCGGUGUCAGUACUGGUCCAGCACCAAACAGGAGUGUUUGCAUUAACUGUGCUUAAUUUCCGUGAACAUUUCGCUUUUUGCGUGAAGCGAGCAAGCAGCGCAGCGCGCGGCUUAGUACGCGGCGGGCGGCGUCACGUGCCAAGUGUUUCGCAAAGAUUUACCAGGCAGAUAUACUACCGCACCCAGACUGAGCGUUCUGUUUACUACGCCGCAGUGGCAGUGGACGAGGGGGAUGCUCCUCGCUCAUUAGUUAAAUGCCGUUAUAAGCAAAACGUCGGGAGUCUUGUGACGGACCUGUUUGUAAGCAACCGUUGUGGUAUACAGCCCAGCCAGAGCAUGGGUGUCAUUGAUCCUUCAUCACACUUGGUUCCGGCUGGUGGAGGCGCAGGUCCGGCAGCGGGCGGUGGCAGCGCCGGGUGUCGCGUGACACUACAUUUACAUAGACCUGCUAUCGCGCCGAUCUCGCAAUCGUUGAGCUCCGGUGCCGUAUCUAACAUCGCUGCAGCAAUACCUGCCUGGCUGCAGAAGGUACACUUUGCAGCGAACCUGUCCAGUGUACCGCCCGACUUGCCAACUGCACGAGGUAUCUGUUCUAGCCAUCGGGACGGGAUUUCGCCCACCGUCGAGGCAUUGUCUCUACUACAAUAUCUUUCAUCGGUGCCGAAGUUGUUGUCUCCGCGCCCUGCGACGGAUCUACAGUGCAAUAGAACUUCUGAAGUUGUCUGUGUCGUAAGAUCCGGUGUAGCUGUCGCAGUGUCGUCAGUAUUGUCGCGCUUCGCUGCGUUCAGUCGCAAGAUGGCGGCGCUCGCUAAUUAA